CUCUCUCCUCCCAUCCUCCAUAGCACCCCCCUCCCUGUCAGCACCACCACCACCAUCCUCCUCACACACAAAAGCAAUUGGCUGCCUUAGAGCCGAGGCUUAGCCAGCUGCAAGCAGAACGUAAUAAUCGACUACCUUGGAAGGGAGGGAGGCAGCAGAGGAAGCAGCAGCCAUGGAAGAAUACAAAUAACUGCCCUCAAUUCACCCCCCCCCCCGCAGCAAAAUCCAAACCACCAAGCAAGGAGUGCUGUGAGAAAGGCCGACCUAGAUGCAUCCCCACACUGCUCCGCUGGGAAAGCCGCACACGUCUGUGCCCGGAUCCAGGCGCUGGACCUCCUGAGCAGCCCGUCUCCAUCGGGAGGAAUGCCUACCCGGGAUACAGGCAGGAUCUUCUUUGUUCCUCACUAGCCACAGGCACGGCCCAAGCCCUUCCUCAAGGGACCUGCUGUGCAGCCAGCCCCUCUCUGAGCACCAUGGGGACCACAGAAGCCACUUUGCGGAUGGAAAACGUGGAUGUGAAGGAAGAGUGGCAAGAUGAGGACUUCCCAAGACCUCUCCCAGAGGAGACAGGGAUGGAGUCACUGGGCAGUCCUACAGAAGAUGAGAACACAUCCUCUCCCCCCAAUACUUUAAACUUUAACGGGGCGCAUCGUAAGCGGAAGACACUUGUUGCACCUGAAAUCAACAUUUCCCUGGACCAGAGUGAAGGCUCCAUUCUCUCCGAUGACUUCCUGGACACACCAGAUGACCUGGACAUUAAUGUGGAUGAUAUCGAAACUCCUGAUGAGACAGAUUCCCUUGAAUUCCUGGGGAAUGGGAACGAACUGGAAUGGGAAGAUGACACUCCUGUGGCCACAGCCAAGAACAUGCCAGGGGACAGCGCAGACCUGUUUGGGGAUGGUGGGACAGAAGAUGGGAGUGCUACUAACGGCCGGCUCUGGAGGACUGUCAUCAUUGGGGAGCAGGAGCACCGCAUCGACCUCCAGAUGAUCAAACCCUACAUGCGAGUGGUGACACACGGAGGAUACUAUGGAGAAGGUCUCAAUGCCAUCAUUGUCUUUGCUGCCUGCUAUCUGCCAGACAGUAACCUGGCUGAUUACCACUACAUCAUGGAGAAUCUCUUCCUAUACGUGAUCAGUAGCCUGGAGCUGCUGGUGGCUGAGGACUAUAUGAUCGUGUACCUGAACGGAGCAACGCCCCGCAGGAGGAUGCCAGGCCUGGGCUGGCUGAAGAAAUGCUACCAGAUGAUAGACAGAAGGCUGCGUAAAAACCUCAAAGCAUUGAUAAUCGUGCAUCCCUCGUGGUUCAUCCGGACAGUGCUGGCCAUAUCCAGACCCUUCAUCAGUGUGAAGUUUAUCAACAAGAUCCAGUAUGUUCACAGCCUGGAGGAACUGGAGCAACUCAUCCCAAUGGAGCAUGUGCAGAUCCCAGACUGCGUCCUACAAUAUGAAGAAGAGAGGAUCAAGGCCAGAAAAGAAAGGGCAGAAGAGAAGCAAGACAUGGCUGAGAAGGAAAGCAGGCCUGUGCCUCCAGCAGAAGAUCAGGAAACCAGUAUGUCGUGAAUCAAAGCAGAGUGGAAUGAAUGGAGUAGAAGAAUGACGCAGCCUGGCAGUCACCCACGAAAAUGACCUUUUGGUGUAAGACCUUGUCACCAUCUUAUUCCCAGUUCUGUAGCUCAUGGAGCCUGCCUCCCUUGUCUCCAAGAUGCAAAGUCCAUUAAACUUUUUGGAAACAUUUUACUUUGAAAAAAAGAUGAAAAAAAACCCGAAGCCACAAAACCAAGCAAGCCAAGAAUAGCACUUUUCAGGACAGGUUCCAGUGCGUUUCAGUAAUGGUCUGUGGAGAGCUAUUAAGUAGUGCAAAUAGAUACCGUGUUUCCUCUUGGUAAGUUAAGAGCAUCCUGUAGUCCAGUAGUUGCCAGCCCAGAAAGAGAUAUAUUUUUUGUUUAAAUUAUAAACCCUUCCCCUAACUUGCUGCUGGCCAGCACUGAGACAUUCUGCUUUGAACUGCACACCCCAUUCCCUCCGUAAAGAUGUGGCAACCAGGGACUAGUGAACAUGGAAUGAGAAGAGUGAAUUCCCCUCCUUGCUACAGCCAGUGUGUGUUUCUUCCUGAAAAUACCAAGUGCCCACCGGUCGAGGCACCUCUUCCAGCCUUGACCAGUUCAUUCAUUGCCAGUUUCUCUUCUUAACUCACACGGGAUCAUUCCUAGCAGCAAAUGCCAUGGUUUUUUCCUGGUUUGCUCUGUCUGUUUGUAAGGCACUCUGAUAACUCUGAGAGUCCUGUAUGGUAUGGCAGCCUCCACAGAACCUUCUCAUGAGCAUCUUCUAUCAGCACACACACACCAAGAAGGUCUGGUUUUAAGAAGGAGCCUUAUGGACAGGGAAGUUUUUCACACCUUGCCCUUGUAUUGAUCUCAUGACACUGGACAAUCAUUCACUAUUAAUACCUCCUAUUGCGGAGACAAGCUGCUAAAUGUUUGAAAUUCCCUAUUUGCCAUCCCUGGGUAAUGAGGGGCCUCAUCUACAAACGUACCUACCCAAGGGGAGAAUGCUGCAGGGGUGAGGCAGGACACUGUGACUGGGUUCAGCUCCUCAGCAGCCAGGAGGUGCAGACGUGACACAGAGACUCCUGAAAUCUGUAUUUUGGACUCAUAAGGAUUCUGUGAGCAAAGGAGGGAAGAAAAUUUAAGAAACUCUUUGGCUAAAAUCAUUUGGAAACUCCUGAUUUCACCCGAGUCUUUCACCGAGUCUCCAAUUAUCAGGUAAAGCCUCUUGUGGGUGAAGAAUUACCUGAACGUUUCCCCACUUAAGGAACAGUUCAAGCCUGGCAACCCCAACCCGUGGCUAUUUGAAAUCACCACCACUUCACUCUGCUCUGAACUCCCCUGGAGGACAGUUCCAGCAAAGCAAGAUUUUCCUCAAGAUAGGGCUGUCUCCUCUGCAUAUAUAAAGCUUCUCUUUUUUCCUUUUAGUGACUAAAACUGCUACAGAUGAGAUCUCUAUUUCCCAACUGCUACAAAGGAGCACCAAAGCUGCUUUCUAACUUACUUCUCUUUUGAUAUGUGUUUUUCUCACACACUUCAGUCACAGAUGUAUUUACUGAACAGACCUUUGCAUGAAAAACAGAGCACUGCACCCACAGCAUUAACCCGAGAAACUGAAGGUGGUAAAAACUCCAUAUUCUGUCUCACUGGCAUGUUACUAAUAAGCACCAAGCAAGCACCAAUCUCCACGGCUUUCUGGAAACUUCAUCCUGAGCCAGUGAAUUCUGUGCUACAAGGGAAAAACAGCACUUCAGGGUUUUUGGAGUGUGGGGUUCAUGCCAAUGACACCUCCCCACAGAAGGAGUUCUGGCCAGAGCUCUCCACGCAGGCAGCAGGCAUCUGUUCCAAGGCAGAAGCAGCAGUCAGGGAUUACCAAACAUGAGCGUGUUCAGCCACCCUGCAAAGCUGGGUGUUCUUUUCCACACAUGGGCUGUCAGAUGGACUAAAGGAACCCACUGAAAUGAAGAAAGGACUCUUCCAGUGAAAGUAAUUUUAGCUCAGACUAGUAAUAAUCAAAUCUGGUAGUGUAGGAGCAUGGGAAUUCACCAUCCCCCCCGAUAACACUUCAACCUAGAUUGUCCGUGUUUCUUUUGAGACCAUUUUUAUGCAGUUAGAUAAGAAAUCGUCUGCUUUCCACAGGAGAAUGCAAUGCAGUUGGACACUGAAAGGGAACUUUACAAUUCUAUAAUGAACAAAACCAAUAGAUCAUUUAAUAAUGUUUUCCAAGUACAAUUCCAGAAACCUUUUAUGCGUCCUUAAUUACUAAACAGGAAAAAAAUGUUCCCAACGUCAUGGAAAAUCCUGCUGUUAUGGAACACAUGGGCAUGGAAGAUAAGAAACCUUGAUUAUGUUUAGUCUUGAGACCUGAAGAAACCAACUGCUUGAUGCCCAGCAGUCACCAUGCCAGAGGAAUCGGGGGUUUUGGUGUGGUUUUGUUUUGGUUUUUCCCAAAGCAAAGACUCUGUGUCUACAUUUUCAGGAAAAAAAACAACUACAGAAUGAGCAGACCCGAAGGUGAAAACUCUGUGUUUUUUCCAGCAAUUCCUUCAGGGCAAGGUUAAGAGUUCAGCUGGGAAAAGGGCAGACACCAAGUUCAUUUCCAGACACGAAGGAGGUUGGUUGUUGGAACACAAGAGUCAGUUUGGAAAGUUCUUUGAAACAAUUUUUCAGAAGUGCACUUUCUGACAGAGCACUCUAAGCAGUAUGCACUAUAUUUUCAUUCUUAAUACAAUGAUAUGAGUGUGUAGAUGUUAUGUUCCUGGCUGGAUGGAUGUCUAUUACUCUUUUCAACAUAGAAAUGAACCUGCAACCCAAAAUGGAUAAAUUUUAGCUAAAUGUAAAAAGUGCAUUUUUAUAGCAACAAAAAAAAGAAGGAUCAUUAAAUUCUUUCAGUGCUUUUAGAUGCUGCUGGAAACCAAAGUAGCUACAAAUUCUUCAACACAGAAACAAGCAAAUUGGCAGAGUUUCUUUACCAGCUGUGGAGCAACAUAUCUAAGUUUGGUGUUGAUUGACCUGCACAGGCUUCAAGCAAGAUCAGAGCUGGGUGCUGUAACAAACACACCACCAAAACACUGCAUUCAUCUUCAGAAGAUCAUGACAAACUCAGAUCCACCUGUGGGAGACCACCAGUUGCGCAGGGGCAGCGGAUCAAGGUUUCACAGCCUGCAAACAAGAGAUGUAAUUGCACUGGGAGGGAGCUGUCAACUGCGGGGUGACAGGACUUACCUUGCACAGAAGCUGAGCUGUGGCAAUAGAACAAACAGAGAUCUGAGGUGACUGAAGCCAUUUUACACGUUCCUUUGCCAGUUCCUCAGGGAGCUGCUCUCAAAGCCUAUCUGCAGAGGGGUUUACCAGCCAAGUUCUAUGCUUCCGCUGGAGAUGCAGUUGAGAAUUGUGCUGUACCAGCAAAAAAAAUAUACAAAAUCUUGCUAGUAAAAGUACAUUGACAUUAGAACUUUUGCCAGUGUAUAUUCAUAUGGUUAAAAACUAAAAUGAAAUAAACUCCAUCCUUUUAGCAAUACUGCUGAACUGGUCAGUGUUCCCAGUGCACAGGAGGCCUUGCUCCUGCCUCAGAAGAACAUCUCUGGAGGAUCAAUGGUUUAUGAAUGCACUGUACCCUAUCAGCAAGAAUUACCAACACCAUUUUUCUGGGCUUGGAUUCUACCUCUCAUGAGCUUUUCUGAUGGUGAAUCCAUGAAUAGCCACAUUUUAGCUGCAGACAAAAUUAUUUUACCCUCAUAAUAUUCACAACAAUCAUGGUAUUGACUCACUAAUUUAUGUCUAAUUUCAACCUUCACCCAGCGUCAGCCUGAAAAAUCACAUCCUGAGGACAGACUAGGAAAUAACCUUCCCAGCUCCUUAAGGCAGCCACAGGACUUGACCAGCAACUGUCAGCUUUAUACAGUGAAAAUACUUUGUUUAGGAAUCAUCCAGAUUUGGGGCUGUCCAGUAAUUUUCCUUUUGAUUCACAAGGAAGACCCAGGAAAUAAAACUGAGAUGCUGCUGUAUAUUCAGUUGGGUAAUGAAUCCCAUCUCCUCUGUACAGUGCUGUGUAAAUGUGAGUGGAUGUUUAGAGCAUACCUCAUUGCAAAUUUAUCCAUCUAUUUUUUCCAAAGAUGAUUUGCUUACAGAUGUGCAAACCCACGUGGGAGAAAACCUACAUGGGACAGGUUUUAAAAGCAGCACAUCCUCUAUUUGACAUGAAAAAACAAAAGAGUUCAUGAAAUGCUGGUGGCAAUAAGCUCAGUUUGGCCUGACGGCAGGUGAAAUGACCAGGCAAAAUUGCUCUAUCUCCAAAAGCACAUGUUUUCUCUUUUGUAUUUCCAUAUUUACUGGCAGUCAGAAAUACAGCAUGCUACUGGUAAAGUGAAGUUUAAAAGUCACCAUGACAGUAUCACAUUGACCUAUCUCAGUUUUUUCUCCUUUGUAGUGGGUCCUUUUAACCCAAACCUCCAUGUAAAAACGUGUGACCUGUCAUUUUUCUAAAGUGUUUGUAACUAGGUGGUUUAUGCUAGAAGACAUAGAUUGCUGUUCAGUAUGUAUUCUUAUUUUUGCUUUGUAUUAUUCCAUAAGAAUCUGUGGAUAUACAAUUAAAAUGAGACUAAUCCUUAAGCAAAAAUGCAUAUCCUUCUUUUUGUCCAGAUCUUUUAUUUUGACUUUGGUUCCAUAAGGAAAAUACGAUGGAUUUUUGUGUUUGGAUGCUAUUCCCUUGAAUAAAGCAAGUCCAAGUCCUCCCUGGCA